GGAAUCAAGAUGCAGUGUGCUGGGUUGACCUCUGUGAUGGUGAAGGACUGCCUGGCCAAAGUGAGCACCAUUAUCCUGUACCAAACAGAGUCAUGAGUCUGUAGCUCCAUAAAAUCAACAAGCAAUCUUGUACCAUUCAGCAACUGUCAGAGAACAUCUGAGCUCUUCUUCGUCAAGUAAGAGAGUGCUCUGUCAACUCCAAAACCUCUCAGGCCAUGCGGCACAAGCAGUUGAUGGACUUGCAACAGCAACACAAUGACAAGUUGGGUCAAUUGACAGCAACUAUUGAGUCAUUGACUGAGCUGUACACAGCCAAAUUGGUGUCCAAGAUGAGUGAGAUGCACCAGAAGGAGUGGAAGCCAUCUCCAAUUAACAGUGGCAAGCCUGACUGGGAGAUUGUACAGGCUUUUUUCCAGUUCUGGUAUGAUCACAAUAACCUCAAAGAGCUGUACUUGCUCUACAUUGUUGCAAUUGCAUGCAAGAUGUGUGACAGAAGGUACGUCUUGCAACAACUACAUCAUCCCAAAGAGCUUACAAUGCUCAAAUGGACUCGAGACUACCACUGGCUGCUGCUUGUGUUGGACAGGAUGAGGCGUAGAUUCAAGGAGUUCAUUGAGUAUGAUGGCUGGGAAACUUGGUUUGAUAGUGAGCAUGGUUGGGACAUAGAUAUCUUCAAGCCAAAUCAUGAUUCUAUUGAACAGGAGCAGCUUGAGGCGGUGGCACUGGUAGUUUGGAACUAAUGGGUGCCCUAUAUGUAGAUGAUUGAGGAGUGUUGUUGG